UUCUUUCUUUCUCACUUAGUCUCCCCUUGUGUCCAUCCCUUAGGUUCUGCUUUCAGGCAUUGCUUUAGGUAUCAGUGGAUUGGCAACCAUUGCUGAGACCCGUUGCUGACCACUGUUGCUGACCACCGUCGUUGACCACCAUUUUCCACUACAGGCGCUGCUCUUGCCAUCGUCCUUGUGAUCUCCCUCCAUUGCGUCGCUGUCGAUUCCGUCCUGGUUUCAUCGUCAAGGCAGCAUCUCACUCAUUGGCCUUGCACACAAAGCCCGCGCUCCUGUAGCAUCACCUACCGCGACGCUUUUACAUAUUGAAAGUGUGGAUUUUCUUUUUUCCGGUCAGUUCGUGACGCUUUUUGAGACCAAAAAAUUACCUCGGCCUCCUCCCUGCUUCUCACCCCAUGGCAUCUGCGUCCGUCGCAUUGCUCCGGCGAGCUGCCAGGCCGAUCCUCGCCGGUCUUUACGGAGGCGCGCUCUCCGUCGCCGCGCGGCAGCACCUCACCAGCUCCUGCUCCUCCUCCGCAGCCGCCGCCGCCGCCGGCGGUACCGGCGCAGCCGCUGCUGCGGGGCUCCGCAACGCGAUCGCGGGCUUUCACUCGUCCGCGUGUCCCGCUGCCGAUCUGUCGCAGUCGUCCGGGCCUGCGGUGGCCGAAGAGACGGUGUCGCUGGUUCAGGCGUCCGAUAAAGGCAUCGGACUUGCGUUCGUAGAGCAGCUGCUGAAGCGGCAGCCGACUGGCCGGGUCAUCGCCACGUGUCGAGAUCCAAUGGGCGCUCAGCACCUGGACGCGCUGCAUGACCAGAGCGGCGGACGGUUGGAUGUGAUGCAACUGGAUGUGACUAAAGAGGAUACCAUCGAGGCUGUAGCCGCGGCCGUGCGCCAGAAGUACGGCAAGCUCGACCUGCUGCUGAACGUGGCGGGUGUGCUGCACCGCCCCAACGAGCUACAGCCGGAGAGCAGCCUGCACUGGCUGUGCCAGGAUGCCAUGCUGCUGGCUUACAGAGUCAACGCCAUGGGCCCUAUGCUCGUGCUCAAACACAUGAUGCCUCUGCUGGUAACGGGCGGCCACACCAACCCCAACCGACCCUUCUCCUUAGUUGCCAACAUGAGCUCCCGCACGGGGUCCAUCGCAGACAACCACAUUGGCGGCUGGUACUCGUACCGGGCUUCUAAAGCUGCUCUGAACCAAUUCACCAAGACGGCAGCAGUGGAGCUGGCCACCCAAAAGAGCCCAGUGGUCGCAGUUCUGCUACACCCCGGCACUGUAGACACCGACCUCACCCGCCCCUUCACUGCGCACUUGCCGGCUGACAAGAUCUUCACUCCUGAUUUUGCCGCCGACCAGCUGCUGACGGUUAUUGAUGGGUUGAGUGAGAAGGACAACGGCCGCUUUAUCGCCUAUGAUGGCACCGACGUAGCGUGGUGAAUGGGGAAUGUAAAGAGAGCGCCAGGAGAUUCACUGGGGAGUUGGCUGCCAGCCAGCUACUGGGUGUUCUAGAGGGGUUUAGCCCAAAUUGCUAUGACUGGUUUAUUGCAAAUGGUAUGAUGGUACCGUUGUAGCCUGGUGACGGAGAGAAUGUAAGGGUAAGGUUAAUGGCACAUCACAGCUUGGUACCACGCUCUCAAAUGCACUUAAUAAUGAAC